AUGAUUGUCUUCAAUACGCGUUUGUCUGACCCAGAUAAAUCCCUGGGCAGGUGGGCAUGGCUGCGCUCGGUCAACUGGUCUCGCCUGGCGCUGGGCCUGGCCCUGCUGUCCGGCAUGAUCCUGGCCUACGCCGAGUUCGAUGCCGCGCGGCUUGAGGCAGUCCUGAUCUGGCUCCAGGGCCACAAGCUCAAAGGAGGGGCCCUGUUCGUGCUGGGCUUCACCCUGGGAGUGGUCCUCAUGCUGCCCGCCAUGGUCAUGGGCAUGGCGGCGGGGGCGGUGUUUGGCAUCCUCCCUGGCACCCUGCUGGCCUGGCUCGGCUGCUCCCUGGGUCAGGUCCUGGCCUUCAUCAUCGGCCGCUACCUCCUGCGCGACCCUGUGACCGCCUACCUGACGCGCCAGUUCCCGGCCUGGACCGCCAUCGACGCCGCGCUGGGUUCCGAGGCCUGGAAGCUGGUCACCCUGCUGCGCCUCUCCCCGCUGGCCCCCUGGAAUGUGCUCAAUUACGCACUGGCGGUGACGGCGGUGCCGCUGGGGCCCUACGCCGCCGCCAGCGCCGCCGCGGUCCUGCCCUACCUCGCGCUCUUCGUCUACGCAGGGUCCCUGGCGCGCUCGCUGGCCGACGUGCUGGCGGGGGAUACGGGGCUGGACGCGGGCGCCACGCUGGGCGUGGCCCUGGCCUCCGGUGCGCUCAUGCUCGCUGCCGUGUGGUACACCACGCACGUCAGCCGCCGCGCCAUCGCGCGCACGCUGCUGCGCCACGGCGAUGGCCUGCCCCCGGAGCUGACCACCGACGCCGACGUGGUGGCCCUGCUCCAGGUGGCCAGCUUCGGGGAGGAGGGCGCGGAGGAGGGCGCGGCCGGGCACGCCGCCGGCGGUCUCAGUCCGCACUGGCUCUCGCCGCGGGCGCGGCCGGGCAAGGCGGAGAGGAGCGACGCGGAGGCCGUCGCCGCAGGCACCGCCUCGAUGGCCAGGGAUGUGGAGCUGGGGGCGCUGCUGCCGGAGGGGCGCGCCGCGGUGGAGCUGGACGCGCGGCCCAGCCGCGCCGCCUCGCCGCUGCGCUCGCCGGGGCCGAGGGCCAGCGGCAGUGUGACCCCGGUGUACGGCGCGCGGCAGGGGGCCAGGCAGAGGGGUGGGACCGACUUUGAGGCCUUUGCCUGA